CUUCCAUACAAAGCUACACACACUUCACAAAUCAAACCCAAACCAGGCACCGAAAAAGGCUUUUGAUUUCCCCCAUUUCCGUCUUCUACCUAUAUAUUAGGGUUACUAGGGUUUUGAGUUUUCGAUUUUGUUAGGAAUGGCGGCGACUAGUUCCAAGACGGAAGACCAACCGGCUGCUGCGGCUGGGGGUUUGAGGAAGCCGGUGUUUGUUAAGGUGGACAAUCUCAAGCCCGGGACUAACGGCCACACUCUCGUCGUCAAGGUCCUCAGUUCCAAAACAGUUUUGCAAAGAGGUAAGUCGGUGUCUCCGCACCUCAGGAAUACUAACAUUGCUGAGUGCCUUGUUGGUGAUGAGACUGCUUGCAUCCUUUUCACCGCCCGCAACGAUCAAGUUGAUGUGAUGAAACCUGGUACAACUGUCAUCCUGCGAAAUGCAAAGAUUGACAUGUUCAAGGGAACCAUGAGGCUAGCUGUUGACAAAUGGGGCCGAAUUGAGGUCACCCAGCCUGCUGAAUUUGAUGUGAAAGAGGAUAACAAUCUCUCUCUUAUUGAGUAUGAGCUGGUGAAUGUUGUUGAUGAGGAGUAACAGAGA